AUGGAUCCACUUGAGAGAAUCUGGAAAGAGGCUCUACAACGCUACGAGGACACGUUGCCACCCAAGAGAAUCAAGAAAAUGCUACUCACCCCAGACCUGGAAUCCCUAUUGGAGAGAACGAAGUUAUUACAGUCUCGGUACUCUGGCCGUCCUAUCAUUCGGGCAUUGGAACGAGCACAACCUUUCCUGAAUACCAUCCAAUCCUUUUCUGAAGUCGUCAAAGUGUUCCUUCAGUCAGAUCCAGGGAUCUUCGCUUUGGUUUGGGGGUCAAUCUGGUUUGUUUUGGAGGUGAGUCCCUGUUCCAGAGCAGCUUCAUUGAGAAAUGCUCUGGUGGAAUAUUACGCCGAGGUAAUUGGGAUUUGUCAAGAUGCAGUUAGUUUCUGUUCACACCGGUCCUUGAGUAACUUGUUCAUCAAACGCUUCGAUUCAUCAUACGAGGAGAACACUCGGAGGCGAGUGGAACAGCUGAAGAUUUCCACAAUUUGGGUUGACCAAGAAGCGAGCGUAAUCAGUAGUCAAUUGAUCCGCCAAGAACUACUACGUGGAUUUCAGGACCUGAGGCUCGAUCUUCGACAGCAGCCGAAGAUGCACAUUCUUCAACACCCGUUCCACAACCUACCUUACACCAGAAAUCUCCAUUUCCAUGCUCGUCAGGUCGAACUGAGUAGACUAGAGAAAGACUUACAACCGGGAGUUUUGCCAGGAAAGCUCCUCGUGGUUGGCCUCCACGGCACUGGUGGCGUUGGUAAAACGGAAAUUGCCCUAGAAUACGCCUAUCGCUACCAGAAGUACUAUGAUGCUGUCUUAUGGGUGACUGCAGAAACUUCCGUGAAGCUAUCGGGCUCGUUUUCAUCUCUUUCCGGUCAGCUUGGAAUAGUUGACCAGAGUGUGCAAAGCUCUCAUCAGCGUUGUGAAGAGCUGAAGAGAUGGCUAGGCGCGACCAGCCAACGAAGUAGCCGCCCAUGCAGGUGGCUCAUCAUUUACGACAAUGUGGAGACCUCAACAUCCCUCCAACCUUUCUGGCCUACCGGAUCUCACGGAGCGGUCAUUCUUACAUCGCGAAACCCAGCCGUUUCCCGUCACCUCGGAGGCCCGACCGCAGCGAUUGAAGUUCUGCCCUUCUCUGCCUCAGAGGGGCAAAAAUUCCUUCUACGACUUGGAACUGACAGAGAGAAUGCUGCAUCCCAAGAGGAGCGGACUGCCGCUGAAGCUAUCGCUGACGCGGUAGGAAACCUUCCCCUCGCCGUGUUCUUGACUGGAAGCUACAUCUACUCUGCUGGACUAAGCUUGACUCAAUUUCUAACAGCUCAACCUCAUUUUGAAAGAACAUUUCUCUUCGACGACCAAGUUUACUCUCAAUAUGUUGGAAACUACGAACAAUCUCUGGACAAGACUUGGAGCCUGGCUAAUUUCACGGCGAAUGGGAACCCAGGCUUUGUACUCAUGAGUAAUAGACUUGAUCAAGCAAUAUCCGCCUUGAUGGGACGAUCGCUAGUCACACGAAAGCAAGGAGCCGAUUGUAUCAGCUGCCACCGCCUUGUUCAGAGUGCCGUUCUGUUCUAUAUGCCGCGAGACCAAAGGGUGGUGGCUUUCAACAAACUUCAGUUCUAUCUGAAUGGCGCCUUUCCACAACAAGGAGACGGUGAGCCUCUGCAUUCCCAGUGGAAGAGAUGCGAGGAGUUUUCCAGUCAUGUACUGGCGCUACUGGAUACAUACAAGUGGGUGAAGGAUGAUGUCCAGUCCCCAAUAUUGCUCUGCGAGAUUACGUCACGUUGCGCUUGGUUCUACUUCGAGCGGGGCGACAUGUCCAUCGCACACAAAUUGGCAUCCGACGCUAUUCUGAUCUGCGAGAAGGCUUUGCUCCUGAGCAAUCAUCCAGGAUACAGUGAGUGGUAUGUUAAAGACCAGCUGGGCCAUCUGUAUAACGUUCGGGCUUCGGUAGCCUACGAAACCGGCAAAACGGGUGACGCUUUGAACCUACACUCCAAGAUCAAGUCUAUGCGAUUGGCCAAUAUGCGGGAAGGCAACCUAGAUGAUAAGUGGCUUGCGGCAGCCGACGGAAAUCUCGCGGUCUCGCUGAUGGCCGAAGGGAAACCAGAGAUAGCUCUGCCACUUGUCCUCAGUCUACUCGAAAGACCGGACAUGGGCCCAAACGAAGAUGUGUACUUGAACAACGCAUGCGUAUGCCAUAUGCUCUUGGGGGACUAUGUCAACGCACUAAAGUAUGGUUCGAAGGCGAUGGCUGCCGUUCGGAGGUUGCGAGGUGAAGAGAGCGCCCAAAUGGCUAUAUACCUAUUCUAUGCUGGCAACAUUUACCAAAAGCAAGGUCGAGUCGGCGAAGCUUUCGAUGCUUUGUCAAAGUGUCUUCGCCUUCGACGAACUUUGAUGCCCACGCAUAGCUAUACUGGGCUGACAUUGCAUAAAAUUGGGACUAUUGUACAAGAGCGAGGAGACGUUGCUUUGUCUAUGUAA